AUGGCCUCGGACUCUCCCAGCGCAAUCAUCAUCGGCGCCGGUCCCGGCGGAAUCGCUCUGGCAUAUCGGCUGAGACAUGAGCUGGGAUUUGAUGACUUCGUCGUGAAUAUCGAAGACACAGUCGACAAAUUCGACCUCCGCCGACACGUCAUCACAUCCGUCGAAUGCACCGGUGCGGAAUGGCUCGCCGAGGACAACAAAUGGGCUGUCCGCUUCCACGAUUUGCAGACGGGUCUCGAUUUCGUGCGAUACGCGAGCAUCUUAGUCUCGGCCGUUGGGGCCAUCUCGCUGCCGCGCGAGAUCAAGUUCAAGGGGAUGGAGCGGUUCAAGGGGCCGAUUGUCCACACGGCGCGGUGGGAUCACUCGGUUGAUUAUGCUGGCAAGCGGAUCGCUGUCAUUGGAAACGGCUGUAGCGCCGCACAGGUUGUCCCAGCCCUAGCCGAAAAGGCCGCCUUCGUGCAGCAGUACGCUCGCAGUGCACAGUGGUAUCAUCCAAGACCAAACCACGUCUUCACGCGCGCCGAAAAGUUCGCAUUCCGCUGGCUCCCACUCUGGCAGCGCUGGCUGCGUCUCCAGAUCUUCAUGAAGGCAGAAAAUGAAUCUGACACGUACUUCCCGACUCCCGACGGCGUGCGUGCGCGUCUUGAAGCGGAGAAGGAGUCGAGGGAGUAUAUUCAGAGCAUGACGCCGGAGAAGUACUGGCCGUUUAUUGUGCCCAACUUCCCGCUUGGCUGCAAGCGCCGCAUCUUCGACCCAGGCUACCUCGGCAGCCUGCACAAGUCCACUGUCGUCCUUCGAAACGAAGGGAUCCAGGAGUUUACGGAAAAGGGCAUCAUCGGCGCCUCUGGCAAAGAAGACCAAUUUGACAUUAUUGUCCUCGCAACAGGGUUCCAGGUCUCGCAGUUCCUUGCCCCGAUGGAAAUCAAGGGGAAGCGCGGAAUCAGCCUGAACCAGCAGUGGGAGGAGUCUCGUGGCGCGCAAGCUUAUUUUGGGACAUAUGUGCAUAACUUUCCGAAUAUGGCUAUCAUCUUCGGCCCAAAUACCUUCCCAGCAAACAAUUCGGCCCUCUUCGCCUGCGAAACCCAAGUCGUCUACGCCGUGAAGUCCCUCUUCAUCCCGAUCCUCGACCGGCGCACCCGCACCGUCGAGGUGAAACACUCCGCGGAAGAAAAACACACAAACAACAUCCACUCGCAGCUCCAGCGCACCGUGUUCGCGGGCGACUGCUCGAAUUGGUAUAUCGGCAAGUACGGCCGGAACGCAGCCUCGUGGCCGGCCAAGGCGGCCAGGUUCUGGCUCGCGACGUAUUUUCCGGAUUGGAGUGCGUUUAGUUGGAGUGGGGGGAGUGUUCUCUGGCCGGUCUAUGCGGUUAGGAGGUGGGUUGCGGUGCAUGUGAGACUUUGGAAGGGUUUGGUUGCCGUGGGGGUUGUUUAUGCUGGGAUUGUGAGGAGGGAUAGUGGUGGUACUGUAGGUGGUUUACUAGAUGCUGUCAAGGUUGGUUUUGCUGGUCUGCGUGAGAAGGUUGCGUUGCUUUUUUAG